CAUAAUCUUUAUAUAUCAUCAACAAUAUUACUUAAGGAAAGGUGUAUUAGCUACCAUCACCAUGAUUGAAAUUGAGACACUUCCUCUACUCUAUACUCUUAUUGCUUUGUUAUUCGCAUAUUUACUUUGGUUCCACCUUUUCUCUCGAACCCUAACCGGUCCGAGAGUGUAUCCUUUCCUUGGAAGCCUUCCAAUCCUUUUCAUGAAUCGAAACCGGGUUCAUGAUUGGAUUACCCUAAAUUUAAUAGGCCGAAUCAAAGUUUCUGGUUCGGCCACAUACCAGACUUGUAUCCUCCCUUUUCCUUUCUUGGCACGCAAGCAAGGGUUUUACACAGUCACGUCCAAUCCCAAGAACAUCGAGCACGUGCUCAAAGUCCGAUUUGAUAAUUACCCGAAAGGGCCCAAUUGGCAAACAGCAUUCCAUGAUCUCUUGGGCCAAGGGAUCUUCAACAGCGACGGUGCCACGUGGCUGAUUCAGCGCAAGACGGCGGCUUUGGAGUUCACGACGCGAACCCUAAAGCAUGCCAUGAGCCGAUGGGUGAACCGUACAAUCAAGGACCGGUUGUGGUGCAUCUUGGAUAAAGCAGCAAAGGAGGGUGUAGCGGUGGACCUUCAGGACCUUCUUCUCAGGUUGACUUUUGAUAACAUUUGUGGACUCACGUUUGGGAAGGACCCAGAAACUUUGUCACCGGAUUUGCCUGAAAACCCUUUCUGCAAUGCCUUUGAUUCUGCAACUGAAGCUACGUUGCAUAGGCUUUUGUAUUACCCUGGGAUCUUGUGGAGGUUCAAGAAGCUUCUAUGCAUUGGUUCCGAAAAGAGGCUCAUGGACAGUUUGAAGGUGGUUGACGAUUACAUGAACGUCGUCGUCUCCAAUCGUGACAAGUCAUCCUCCGACGACCUAAUCUCCCGCUUCACCAACAAGCGUGACGGCGAUGGCAACCCCUUCUCCGCCGCCGCACUCCAACGCAUCGCCCUCAACUUCGUCCUCGCCGGCAGGGACACCUCCUCCGUCGCCCUCUCCUGGUUCUUCCACCUCGUCUCCUCCCACCCCGCCGUCGAGGAUCGCAUCCUCCGCGAGCUCACGGCGGUCCUCUCCGCCUCCCGCGGCUCGGAUCGCUGUCGCUGGACGGAGAAUGCUAUCGGCUUCGAGGAGGCGGAGAAGCUCGUUUACCUCAAAGCCGCACUCUCCGAAACGCUGCGUUUGUACCCUUCAGUUCCCGAGGAUUUUAAGUACGCAUUAAACGACGACGUUUUGCCAGAUGGCACCUUCGUUCCGAAGGGUUCGACGGUUACUUAUUCGAUUUACUCUGUUGGGAGAAUGAAGAGUGUUUGGGGUGAGGAUUGCAUGGAAUUUAAACCGGAGCGUUGGAUUUCGGUUCAGGAGAACCGGGUUCGAUUCGAACAGCCAAAAGAUGGGUUUAAGUUCGUUGCUUUUAAUGCUGGACCGAGAACCUGCUUGGGCAAGGACUUGGCUUACCUUCAGAUGAAGUCUGUGGCAGCGGCUGUGCUUUUGAGGUACCGGAUAUUGCCGGUUCCCGGUCACAAGGUGGAGCAGAAGAUGUCGCUUACGCUGUUCAUGAAGAAUGGGCUCCGUGUUUACUUACAGCCACGUCAGCUUCUACCAGAGAAUGCCACGUAUGCAUAGAGGAAGGGUGUUUUGAUCAUUGCAUAUACAAUGGGAGUAUACAGAACAAAGGGUAAUGUUGUCAUUUAAUGAUACUUGUAAGGGUGUAUAUGUCAAUUUAAUCUUGUAAUUUGAUGUAUUAUUUAUUGCUUUUGUUCGGUCAUUAACAUAUGGAUGGCGGGUGGGUCAACUAAGUAUCAUUUUGUGAUGUUUAUGCUUUAUUUGGUUUUCCAUAUCAGAAGAUAUGGCUUCUCUUCAUAUUCAUAUUGUUCAUCAAUAAAUACAAAUUAUACAAUGUAAAGAUGUUACUUGUUUAAUUAUUGAAA